ACGAACGGCACGCGGGCCGCGUGAAGACCAAAAUCGUGGCCGCGGACUUCACGUCGUUAGGCGGCGACGUGCCGCUGGCCAACAGUUACGACAAGGUGCGGCACGAGCUCGGCCGCAUGGACGUAAGGCUGCUGGUGAACAACGCGGGCGUGAGUUACGCGCGGCCGGAACGACUGCUCGACCUGGCGCCCGCCUGUGCCGGCGCGCCACCCGAUCCGUGCCGGGACAUGGUCGAGUGCAACGCGCUGGCCACCGUGGCCAUGUGCAGCACAGUCAUGCCGCUGAUGGUGGCCGGCGCCGGCGGCGUUGUCGUCAACGUGUCGUCGGCUUCGGCUCAUCUCCCGUGUCCGAUGCUCAGCGUUUACGGCGCCGCCAAG